CAGUGUGUGGGACGUGUGUGGGACGUGUCCCUGCAGAUCAAAGCCAUCGCACAAGUUCAAACAGAAACGCCAGCAUGAGAGAAGCGCGUCUCGCUGAGACUCUGAUCGUUUAGUCUCGAUGCGGAGGCGAAAACAGGCACGCUUUUCAUCCUACCUGCAAAGUGCAUCUACCUCCUAAGGAGAAACAUUAAUUUGAAUUGCGUUUUUUUUUGUUUGUUUGUUUCCUCGAUUUAUAUACUUUAUAUUUUAGAUAGGAGUCUGAUAUGCCUGGACCAAAAUACGUAUGUUCUCUGGUUUUCCUAACAACUUUCCGGUUUUCUGCUGUGCUUUCCUCGGGCAUCGGGUUCAAACAUUCAGCUAUCUUGGAUUCACAUGGGAAAUACCGCAUUAAAUGGAAGCAUCACGAAACCACCAUAACGUUUGAGAUGGAGGUGGAAACAACGGGUUACGUCGGAUUUGGCUUUUCCCCUAACGGAGAAAUGGCGUUAUCAGAUAUCGUAAUUGGGGGAGUGGAGAAUGGCAAGCCGUAUAUACAGGACUGUUUUACAGACUCCAAGAGGAAAGUUCACAGAGACCCAGAGCAGAACUACAGGCUGGAGUACGCCAUGGAGAACCUCACUCACACUGUCCUGGGCUUUAGCAGAGAGCUCCGCACCUGCGACCGGAGGGACAAGGAUAUCACGGAGAGCACAGUGCGGGUGAUCUGGGCGUACCACACUGAAGACAUCGGGCUCUCUGGGCCCAAGUACCACGGCAGUAACCGAGGACGGAAGAGCCUGAGGCUGCUCAACCACAGGGACACCACCGACAUUCCCGCGGGGACGGACUUUUUCGAGUUGCAGAACUUCAACGUGCCCGUGCCCUUUAAGGACACGACCUACUGGUGUCAGUUGUUUAAAAUCCCAGAAGUACAGAGGAAACAUCACAUUAUAGCAGUCGAGCCCAUGAUCGAGAAAGGCCACGAGAACUUGGUCCACCACAUUUUGCUGUACCAGUGUGACAGAAAUGUGAAUGCGAGCGAGCAAGAUCCAGGCCAUGAGUGCUACCACCCAAACAUGCCUGACUCAUUUCUCACCUGUGAGACUGUCAUCUUCGCCUGGGCAACAGGAGGGGAGGGCUUCGCCUACCCAAAGCACGUCGGGCUCUCCAUCGGCACUUCCAUGGACCCGCUUUACGUCCUGAUGGAGGUCCACUACGACAAUCCAUCCUUACAACAAGGAGUGGUGGACAGCUCAGGCCUACGGUUUUUCUACACUCCGGUGCUGAGACGGUACGACGCGGGGGUAAUCGAGACGGGCGUGUGGGUCAGCCUCUACCACAUGCUCCCCCCAGGCCUCCCGGAAUUUGUCUCGGAGGGACACUGCACCAAGGAGUGUCUUCAGGAGUCCCUGGAGCACGAGAUGCCGAGCGGGAUCCGGAUAUUCGCGGUUCUGAUGCACUCGCACCUAGCUGGGAGGGCCAUCAAGGUCCGGCAUUUCCGGAACAAGGAUGAGCUGCAGCACCUGGCCCAGGAUGAUGAGUUCGACUUCAACUUCCAGGAACUCCAGUCCCUCACAGACGAGAGGCUGGUGUUACCUGGCGACAGUUUGAUCACAGAGUGCAAGUAUAACACAGAAGGCAGGGAGAACAUGACUUGGGGCGGGCUAAGCACCAGGGAUGAGAUGUGUCUGUCCUACGUGCUGUAUUACCCAAGGAUUAACCUCGCCAGAUGCGAGAGCCUUCCGGAAAUCUCUGGCCAGCUAAAGUUCAUUGGUGUAAAAAAGAUCCAGGAACCCGUCACGACCUGGCCGUUCUACAUCAAAAGCCCGCGGCGCUACAGCAACCUGUCGUUCACGGAGGCCAUGGACAAGUUCAAGUGGUCGAAGAAGAGGGGCAAGGCCUUCAACGAAGUGGUGCUGCAGCUGCCGAUGAACCUGCGAUGCUCUAAGCACAGCCAGGACGAGUGGUCGAUUCAAGGUACCUUGAUGUCCCCCCCCAAAAUAAGAGCAAAGGCCCGGCCCCCCCCCAGCCCCUGCAGUGAGGUGUCUACGCUGAGCGGCGGACCGGCACUGACUCCCACUCUCCUCUGCUCCGUGUUUUCAUUCGCCACCUUGUUCUCUGCUGAUUAGCACUGGCUCCGCUCCCGAGGUGAAUUGCUCACACUGGAUGUAAUUGUAACGCAGGACUCCGGCGCUUGGACAGACCAUCAGACAUCAUCUAUCUGAGGUGAUAACAAAAAAAAAAAAAAAGAGGUGGAAAGUCCAAGUCCUGAAAGUACAAAUCCCAACCAGGGUUUUGUUUGAGCCAACCGGUUGAGUAUGAAGAGUCACAUUCACAGAGUACUGAACUGGCUGGUUGAAACAAAACCCUGGUCAGGAUUUGUUCAAGUGCAUGUCUAAAACUACAACACAAAGCCAUGUUACUGAUGCAGUCAAAUAUGAAGGUAUGCAGUUGGAUAAAAUUAAUUUUUUUCUUAAUUUUACAUGUGUACAUAUAGUGUAACUGAUAAUUGUUGGCGUGUUUUUAAUUAUGUAACUUCUUCUCCAGCUUGGAAAUCCAACCCUACAGAGGUCAAAGCCCCAUAGGUGAUCUACUAAUUAUAUUUCUGCAUAAAAAUAUGUUUCAUUUUGUCACGUCUGUGCCGCCUCGCGUGUGGUCUACCUGCUCAACGUCACGUAAAGCAGAUUAACCGCCAUGCUCUUCUGCCAUUUUGAUUGAGCUUUCAGAGCUGAAGCAUAAGAGGACAUACAGUAGAAUCAGCUUUGUACCAGUGAACAGGAUGUUCUUCAAUUACUUCCACGCUGUGAUUUCCACCUAGCUCGAAUAGUAUAUUUGUAUUCAAGAGCCUUUAUAUUUUAUCUAAUAAAUGUGUUUAUCUCACAAAGAUC